GUACAUUCAUUCGGCGCACAAUAGACAACACCCCUACGAAAUUCUAUCGUGCCCUGCUUCGUGUUACCCUAAUUCUAACGGAGCACCUUCACCACACACAUAUAUAUGACUGCACUAUACACACUGCGCACCAAAACAUUUGACAGCCGCCGUUCAUCAUUUUAUCUUUCAGCUCACAAAUUUCUACACUCUAAACGCGCAGUUAGCUACUCGAAGGAGGAAAAUGGCGACCCAGAUGAGCAAAAAACGAAAGUUUGUGGCUGAUGGGGUAUUUUUCGCGGAGUUGAACGAGCUGCUUACGAGGGAGCUGGCGGAGGACGGGUACUCCGGCGUGGAGGUGAGGGUUACUCCCGUGCGCACCGAAAUUAUAAUCAGGGCAACUCGUACUCAAAACGUUCUGGGUGAGAAAGGGAGAAGGAUUAGAGAAUUAACUUCUGUUGUUCAGAAGAGGUUCAAAUUCCCGGAAAACAGUGUUGAGCUAUAUGCUGAGAGAGUUAGCAACAGGGGCUUAUGUGCAAUUGCUCAGGCCGAGUCUUUACGCUAUAAGCUUCUUGGAGGGCUUGCUGUCCGCAGGGCCUGUUAUGGUGUGUUACGAUUUGUCAUGGAGAGUGGUGCCAAAGGCUGUGAGGUAAUUGUUAGUGGGAAGCUCAGGGCUCAACGUGCCAAGGCAAUGAAAUUCAAGGACGGGUACAUGAUAUCUUCUGGCCAACCUGUCAAAGAAUACAUCGACUCUGCAGUGAGGCAUGUUCUUCUCAGGCAGGCAAGAUCCAGUGACAUUUUUCUUUAUUUUCUUAUCUCAAUUCCAAAAGUAUUCAUUCUACUUAAAUGGGACAUCACUGCUUUUCUUGGUGUUCUUGGUAUAAAAGUGAAGAUAAUGCUCGACUGGGACCCAAAAGGGAAGCAGGGUCCGGUGACACCUUUACCCGAUCUCGUCACCAUCCAUCCACCAAAAGAAGAAGAGCAUUACAUUGCUCCUCCACCUGUUGCAACUGAGGUUGAAGUCCCAUUGGGCAGUGUAGAUAACUAGGUCAAAGUAGUCAUAUUUAUCCUGUUUGCUCCUUUGAUGUUUUUUUUUUUAUUUGUGUCUGGGUAGUGCUUAAUAGUUGCAUGAAGAGAAUAAUGUUUUGUAUUUUGGAGUAUUAUAUGUUUGUUCCAUAGUAUAUACUAUGCUGUUUUCACUGUUUUUUUUCACUUUUGAUAUCCUGCAAUCUUAUUUUUUUUUUUCUGUGAAAUAAUGAGCUUGACAUUCUGUUUAAUUUAUGUAUGAAUGAAGGGGGUUAACUAAACUUUGUACAUUUUGUAUUAAAACGCUGUAAGUUUGAACUGCGAAUUUCACA